CGGUUCCUCACUCAUUCGGCCGCGCGCCGCCCUGGCGUCCGUAUCGUGUACAGCGCCACGAAAAUGGAUUGUGUUGUGUGACAUGUGCUACUGAGAUUUGUGUUUAUUUUUGUGACAGAACAAGUUGUGUGUGAAGCAUGAUGCCUCUCGCACCGACCCCUGUGAUGGCGGUGCCAUCGAAGCCGAAGAUCGGUUUUAGUAUAGACUCGAUAGUGGGUGGUGAGAGGAAGGCGGCGUCGCCGGGGCUGGGCAGCCCGGGGUCUGCGGGGUCUCCGCGGAGUCCGAGCCCGCGGCCCUUGCUGCGGCCGAGUGCGCUACCACCAGCCUUCCCUCCUGACUUGAAGCGGUUGCCGUACCUGGACGCUCCUAGCCACCACCACCAGUUCCUAGCCCACUUCCAGGGCGCGGCGCUGGCGGCGGCGCUGCACCAGCAGGGCUUCCCCCCGCCCCCGCACCACCCCGCGCCGCCCCCGCGCGAGUCCUACCAGCUCUACCCGUGGCUCAUCAACAGGCACGGAAGGAUAUUCCCGCACCGGUUUCCAGGAGGUCCAGACAUCCCGGGCUUCCUGCUGCAGCCCUUCAGGAAGCCCAAGCGCAUCCGAACAGCCUUCUCUCCAUCCCAGCUGCUGAAGCUGGAGCACGCCUUCGAGAAGAACCACUAUGUGGUGGGCGCGGAGAGGAAACAGCUCGCCCAGGCGCUCAGCUUGACCGAGACUCAGGUAAAGGUGUGGUUCCAAAACAGAAGAACGAAACACAAACGAAUGCAGCAAGAAGAAGAAGCGAAAACUGGCACCAAGUCAGGGUCUUCCAGCAAAGCAGACGACGGUAGCCAGUUCAACAACUCCUACGAAGAAGAAGACGAAGAACUCAUAGACAUGGACAUGGACGAACUUAGUGAGAGUGAAAACGAGACGUAAUUUAAAAAAACAGACAUUCGAACUCUAUGGUGAAACGUUCGGAAAAUUUGGCGCCAAUGAAAUAGGUGUUUGGCGUUUACGUUUUCCACUUUUAAGUGACAAAGUGCUAAAUUGUAAAUAUUAGAUGUAUUAUUGUAAUUCUAGCGGUAACUGUAUGGGAUGAGAGCGAUUUUAUUUAUUGAAUGUAAUUUUAUAUGUGUAUAUUGUGUACUUAUUAUGGAUUUUGGUUCGUGUUUUCAGUAAAUGAAUGUUAUUUAAAUAUCAUGAACGCACACAAUAUGGUAACUAAAAUAUUAUACAAAUUUAUCUACCGGGAAUUAGUUGUAGAAAUGUCUUAAGUAAUAUUUACCGGCCAUUAUAAAUUCAUUUCAAUUAAAAGGGCCAUGGCGCGUCAUCGCCAAUUAACAAGCACAAGAUGGAUAUUACAAGAUGGCGGCGAGCUGUUGGCCCUACGAUUUAUCAAAUAACUAAAUUGACCGUAUUGUAAUAGUUUGGGCCUAAAUUAAUUAAGAAUGGCUCGUUUCAUGCGUUCCUCGAAUGAUGUGGGUAUAAUUAGACAGUUUAGAUUUUAAACGCUGAUAUAAAGCGGCCAUACUUUCUGAACGUUAUAUCUGGCUGUCAAAGCGUUAGAAAAAGACAACACGAGGUUCAUCAAGAUAGAGCCAUAACAAUAAACAUUGUAAUUUAAUCGCUAUUUCGUUGUAACAAGCCAUAAUUUAAACUUUUCAAAAGUGCUGGCCUAUUAAAGAUGCGUUCAAAAUUGUCAGAAUCGGGGUUUACAUCGCUGUUCUAUAAUUAAGUACAAUGAACGCGACCAAAUUGUUUCUAAACUGUUGACGACCGUCCUCGCGGCUAUUUGUCUAUGUGCGUUCGGAAUGCACGAUCGUAAUCGGAUUUAAACUUCUGAGUUAUUGUUGAGCUAGUUAUCACCACUGUUGUUCCGCUGUCACUUUCAUCUUGAUUCUGAAUUGAAAUUGGUAUACAAAGAGUUUUAUAAAUAGAAAACCUAUAAGCCUACUUACUAAAGACUUCCGCGAUAUUUAAGAAGCUGAUUUUAAUUAGCAUGGCUCAAUCGGCGUUCGAUAUUGUGAAAUUAAUCGUGUAAUUUAACGCCAGUCUGGAACGUUCAGAAACGCUCAUGUCGUUCCGGCACAUUAACUUUCGUACAAACUCGAUUGCCAUUGUUUUCUGAGAUUUCGAAAAAAGAAGUUAAUUGGUGGCCGCUACAAGUGUGGCCUGCAACCGGCCAUUAGCCGGGCUUCGGCAAAAAAUACACGGUUUGAAUUUCGAAUAUCAACAAAGACAGUAAAAAUUGAGUUUGUUCGUUAAACAUCGCCGUUUUAAAUGUACAUCUAAGUUUUAUAGGCCCAUGAUUAUAGGGAUAAUUUGUAUUUACCUUGCGAGCCUUUGUUCCAUUGAUUUACGACACGGGUAUCGAAUUCGCGACUCGGCUUACUCGUAAAACGACAGCAACAAGUAUGUAUUUAGUUAUUAUAGUUACGACUUGCAUUACAAUGUAAAAACAUUUUUAAAUUCAAUCAUUAUUUUUGCUGACGACCCUUUAAGAUCAGGGCAUAUUGAAAAACCUAAUGAAUGUGGCCUAUAUUUUUUUCUUGAAUUGAUUUAAUGCUCGCCGGCCAGUCGUAAUUUUUAAUCUCGAUUCCAUUUUCAAGUCGAUUACUGUUAGUUGAUUUUAAUUAUCGAUUUUCUUCAUUAAGUGGUCGCGAUUAGCAGCCAUGUCGGUAUUUUACGUCGCAUAUCGCGGGGAAAUGUCAGUUUCUAAUUAUUAACUCGGUGAUUGGCUAUUUCUUGAUUAGGUGACAUAAUUUGUUCGUUAACUGCAGACAUUCUUGACUGAUGAUAAGGAGUAAACAACGAUUUGCACCUAUUAUGUGUUUUCGUAUGUAAGUUUUUGUACUUGCGUAGGUUAGCUACUAUAAUCGCUCAAAAGUAGUUUAAUGAAACAGUUCCUUUAGAGUAAAGUAUGGGAAUUUCUUAUAUGACAUCGUUUUGUGUAAUACCUACAAUAUAUCACAGUAUUAACGUAUGUAUAACUUUAUUGGAUUGGUCUUACAGUGUACUUACUCAUCACAUAUUUUUAGUACAGACCCAAUUGAUGGGCGUCUCUGAUUUUUAAAUACAGUUUGCUAAAUUACAGACCGUUUAUUUAAAAAAUAUUACUAAAAUUAUGAUUUUAUUAAUAUCAUAUAAUUGGUUGAAUGAACAGAAGGAACUUUAUAGAAUGUAUUGUAUAAACAGCGUAACCUGGAUUAAAACAAAAUCAUAAGUAAAUGCAGAAGUAUUGGGAUGUAUGUACAGUCAACAGUGCAACUAAAAAGUUCUGACAAUAAAGAGUGCGAUUUUGUAAAGAUUUUUUUAUAAUUUUUUGUUAAGUAUUUACUUACAUUGACAUACAUUUUAAAAAUUUAAUACCGAUACUUAAUAUAUUUUUAACGGAUUAGUCCUUAAAUAAACAUAAUGGAUCGAUUAAAUAUGGUCUUUAACAGAUAGGAUCCACUUCCGUUUUCAGGACUUUAUAGUUGCACAGUUACACAGUACUUAGUAAUAGUUGCUAAAAAUAUAUAUCAAGUGAACACAUAUUAUAUCUGAAGCUGCACAGAUUUCUUUUACUGUGUAGAGAACUUUACUGAAAUUAAGAAUGUAUUUGGGAAUAGAGAAUAUCUACUU